AUGAAGGCUAUCCUUAUUACAUUCGCUGCCUUAGUGCUCUUUUUGGGUGCUCAAGCCUGCUCCAUUGAGGCUCAACAGGCUCACUGCUUUGAUAAAUCCUUCCAAACUCAACUCCGUGUGUUUGAACCAAAGACUGAUUUCAUUGAUACUCAAAUGCUCUUUGUUGAUGCCGACGCUGGUUUGACUAGAACCGACAUGACCAUCAGAGAACCAGUCCCAAGAAAUGUGAGCGUUUACAUCAACUACAAACUCAAUAAGAGAUGGAUUUAUGAGAUUGCUCAAAACUUUUGCCAUUCUGAUAUUGUUACUCAACCUCAACAACCAUUCUGUAUUUCAUCCAAUGCUACUUUUGUAAGAUCUGAUGUCAUUGGUGGAUCCCUUAAGGUCGAUGUCUUUGAUGAAAAGUUAUUCGGAUUCUCCGCUCGUAUUCUCUAUGCUCCAGCAACCAAUACCCCUGUUGAAGUCAUGACUAAGUCUGGUGGUGUUGGUAGUGGAAUGAUCAUUGAGGAGUAUUUUAAUUGGAUUCAUCAAAAGCCUGCUGCUGCCGUCUUUACUUUGCCACAAGCUUGCAAGAACGUUGUUGCCUCUCCACAAAACAAGAUGUUGGUCUCUCAAGCUAUCAAGAGAGUCGAUUCAUUGCUCUACAGAAAGAGUGUCAAGAGCUUGCUUAGUCAAUAA